AUGAAUGUUGUGAAGUAUCCUGUUGGAAUUGAUUCUCGUGUAAAAGAUAUAGAUAACUUAUUGCAAAGUCAAACAAAUGACGAUAUGAAGAUGAUUGAAAUUUUCGGUAUGGGUGGUGUUGGAAAAAAAACCCUUGCUAAAGCCAUAUAUAACAGGAGUUUUCAGAGGUUUGAAGGUAGUUGUUUUAUCACAAAGAUUGGAUCUGAAGUUUCUAGGGGACGACACGAAGAUUUAACUCGUUUACAAGAGAAGAUUGUUUGCGAAAUGCUCGAGAGAAAAAUACAUGAAAUAAAUAAUGUUGGUAGAGGAAAAACUUUAAUAAAAGGAAUACUGCCAUCAAAAAAGGUUCAUAUUGUUCUAGAUGACAUAGACCAGAGAAAUCAACUAGAAUCAUUAGAAGGACAACGAGGUUGGUUUGGUUCAAGCAUAAUUAUCGUAACAAUUACAGAAGUUCAAUUGUUGAGUAAACUUGGAGCACACGAGAAGUACAAGGGCAACAUGUUAGGGUUUGAUGAAUCUUUGCAACUCUUAGGUUUGAAUGCUUCCGAUAUCCCUGUACCUUUAGAGGAGUAUACUGUGUUGGAAAUUUAUAUAGUAACAGUUAUUAUUGUUUCAGAUCUUCAUUACUUCAAAUCGAUUGCUUGA